CUGUAAUACUAUUGAGUUGAAGCAGCACUCAAUAGAAGGAGGGAUGACGUCCACACUUGAAAACACAGACUGCGGCUAUAAGAUGAUUAUACCAGUUGCCACUGAAGAGAAAUCCUCCAUUAAUGUCCGCACUAUAUUCUCAGGUCCCUUUGUCCUACCUGAUGGCUACACUAUUGUCAGUGCUAUUUACGAUAUUUCACUACCUGAGCAGCUGUCUAAACCUGUCACUGUCAAGCUGGAGCAUUGUGUUGAUCUUAAUGAUGAGAUUACGGCCAGGAAGAUGUGCUUUGCCACUGCAGCCAUUAAUUUGGAGAAGAAGGUUUUUGUUUUUGAUUGUGUUGGAGGAGGGAGCUUCCCCAAAGGAGAGACAUAUGCUUCGCUGGAUAUCAACGACAGCUGUCUGUUGUGUAUCUUGUAUAGAGGAUCAACGAGGGAUACAUCUAUGAAGUAUGCUGGUCAGUGCUCUUAUGUCCGAGACUAUAAAAACUCCUGGACAAUGAGUAUACUCUUCACAAAGCAUUUAAGUGCACACUAUAAGUAUACACAGUCUGAGACAGUCGGCACUAUUGAGUCACACCCAUUUUUAUUUACGACAAGGAAAGGUGAUGGAGAGCUGUUGAUGGAACUCAAUAAGUUUAAGAGCCAAAUGGACCUUGAAGGUUGGAAGGUAGCGCCUCUCACUCCAAUACCUGAUUUUAUAUUGAAAUCUCAGAUUGAUUGUGUGGAGUUGCAGCAAGAGUUUGGGAAGCUUCAGUGCAGAAUAAUUCCGUCGAUUGAGUUUUCAGUUUAUGUGUAUGAUGAAGACGCUGCGACAGACAAAAUAGACAAGUACCUUGACAUUGGAGGAACCACUUCUGACAUUUUCAUCAAAAGACAAAGAGAAUGAAAAUAACUUAAAAUGAACUGCUGUUUUUUUACUGAAUGCUGACACCCCUUUUUUAGUUUAGAAAACACUUUUUUAGUUUAUGAUUAAGUAGGUGUGGAUAAGUUAAUUAACUUUUAGUAAAAAUUAAUUAAUUUUUAAUAGUUAACUGUAUUUUUUGAAGACUUUAUCUCUAUAACUAACAGUA